UCUCCUUCCCUUCCCAUGUUUAAAUUCCCUCGUGUCCAUAAAACAAAGCACAUUGCUCCAUUACUAUAUAUCAUAUGCUUUCUCUUUCACUGUUAGCACUAACAAUGUCAUCCAGAAAUUUGCAUUCCACCCUCCUCGUUCUUUCUCUCUUCUUCUCUCUAUCAAUCGCAGAUGACAGAGCCAUCCUGUCCAAACUAUCCGCCUCCCUCACAUCCUCUCCGUCUGGCUGGACUGGUACAUCUUACUGCCAAUGGACCGGCAUAAAAUGUGACAGUUCUAACAGAGUAACCUCAAUCAACCUUGCCUCCAAAUCUCUCUCCGGAACUCUCCCAGCAGAGCUCUCUCAACUCUCUCAACUCAAAACACUAGCUCUCCAAAGAAACUCUCUCUCUGGGACAUUACCUUCUUUUGCUAAUCUCACCACACUUCAAGAACUCUUUCUUGAUUCCAACAACUUCACUUCAGUCCCUCGCGAUUUUCUUCUUGGUCUCACUAACUUACGAACUUUAAGUAUCAGUGAUAACUCAAAUCUUUCCCCAUGGAAAAUCCCUGAUUACUUGUCUGAGAGUACUGAUUUAGGUACUUUUGCUGCUAGUAAUUCAGGCAUUUUCGGGACUAUUCCUGAUAUCUUUGAUUCUUUCCAGAACUUCCAGAAUCUGAGGCUUUCGUACAAUAAUCUUAAUGGGGUGUUACCAAAAACUUUUUGGGGUUCUGGAAUCCAGAACCUUUGGUUGAAUAGUCAGGCUAUUGGGUUAUCAGGUUCUAUUGAUGUUUUAUCCUCGAUGCCCCAGUUGUCUCAAGUUUGGCUUUUCGCUAAUGCUUUCACUGGUCCAGUCCCGGACCUGUCUAAAUGCUUAAACCUGUUCGAUUUGCAGCUAAGGGAUAACCACUUCACUGGAAUACUCCCUCCUUCCUUGACUGAACUCCCUAAAUUGAUCAACAUUUCUCUCCAGAACAAUAAGUUGCAGGGUCAGUUUCCGGAGUUCAAAAGUGGUGUUAACGCUACCCUUGGGGACACAAACAGCUUCUGCAGGAGUUCCGCUGGCCCUUGUGAUCCUCAGGUAAACGUGCUUCUUGCUGUUGCAGGGGCUCUAAGCUAUCCUAUCUCACUUGCAGAAGCUUGGACCGGUAAUGAUGCUUGUGCCAAAUGGACAUUUGUUACUUGUGAUUCACGUGGGAAGAGCGUAAGAACUCUGAACUUCGCCAAGCAGCACUUUUCGGGUACAAUUUCACCUGCAUUGUCAAAUCUUACUUCAUUGCAGAAUCUGCUGUUGAGUGACAAUAAUCUUACUGGCUCUAUUCCUGAGAGCUUGACCACAUUGGAUCAACUAGUAGCCCUUGAUGUCUCCAAUAAUAAUUUGACUGGGCCAGUACCAAGUUUUGCACCUACUGUCAAGAUUACAGCGAACGGCAACUCGUUUAUUGGGAAAGAUGUAGACAGUGAAGAUGGAAAUGGCAAGAAAUCUGGGUCGGGAUCAGAUGACGGGGUACAACUUAGUGAUAAUGUGGCAUCAAUGGAGAGGUCAACUUGGAGUGUGACCGCUACUAUUGUUAUCACCGUUUUAUUAAUGUUUAUGAGGGUUUGCUAGUGUGUGCACACGUAGGCACGCAUUAACAACUACUAUUAGCCAGUUAAUGUAAGUCUCCCUUCACGAAUACAUGUUCUUGGUUCGAUGCAACUUCCAGCAAAUCGAAAUUAUUUUCGCUCUUAGGUGAAUUACAGUUCUGUCA